UCCCUCUUCCCCAUUCCCAUAUCUCUUUUUGCUCUCUACUUCUCCUUUUCAACUUACUUGUUAGCCAGCCACAUCUUCCCCAUAUUGCAAGCUUGGAAAGGUUGGUGUUGUUGUGUAGCGAAAUAAACACAAAUCAUCUUUCAUAUACUUAAACAGAGGCAGCAGUAAGGUGUUAGGGAACAAGGACGACAAUGUCGAGCCGGAGAACGUCGAGGCAGCAGUCUUCAGGUGUGCCGAGGAUCAGCGACGAUCAGAUCAUCCAACUUGUCUCCAAGUUACGCCAACUCUUGCCGGAGCUUCGCCACAGCCGCCGCUCCGACAAGGUGUCGGCGUCGAAGGUGCUGCAGGAGACGUGCAACUACAUAAGGAGCCUGCACAGGGAAGUGGAGGAUUUGAGCGACCGGCUGUCGGAGCUGCUCUCCACCAUCGACGCCGACAGCCCCGAGGCCGCCAUUAUCAGGAGCUUGCUCAUGUGACGUGAUGUCGCCUCCACUCCAGCUAGCCACGGCUGCCGCGCUCCAUAUAAUAAUAUUUCUUCUAUAUUUAUCCAAGUAUCAAUUCACACAAUACAUAUGUAUCUAUCUAUAUAUGUUUAAGUUUAUUUACUUAUGUAUGUGUGUGAGAUCGAUGUAUGUAUGUGUGUAUGGCCGUGCAGUGCUAGCCUCUAGCCGGCUCUAUGCAUGCCUUAAUUAAUUACCGAUCCCACCAUCAUCAUCACCAUCUAUAUAUCCCUAAUUAAUUAAGUUACUUGUGUUAGUUACUGAUUACCCAUCUAAUCUAUAUGUAUUUUGGGUUAAAAGAGAUUGAUCUUCUGGUGAGAGCUAGCUGUAAGAGUGUGGUAUAAAGAUCCAACAA